UUUCUCCCCGGUUAUCUUUCUCUCUCCCCUCCCUGUCCUCUCUGUCUCCCUCGUGUCACUCCUCCCGGGGAUCCCCCUUGCAGUAGCCCGGAAGGAAGGACGGGAAGACAGGCGAUGCUGGGAAGAACCUCCACUUCUCCCUUUUUCUUUUGGCCUCCUUUCUCCGCCCACCCUUGGGGCCUUCCAUACCACGUGCCCAGGGGUGGGCCGUGAAGGGCCUGGGGGCUCCUGGGUUGUGCUCCUGCGCCUCACAGACCAGCUGAACCAGGUCCAGGGAAGGGGAAGUGGGGGGCCUUAGCAGAGGGCUGGGCGGAACUUGAGUCCCUGCCUGUCCGAGGCUGCUUUCCUGCCUCAGCUCCACAGAGCAGAGCCCCGCAGAGCCAUGGCCCCCGGACGGCUCCUGGCCCUCGCUUUCUGGGCCAGCUGCUUGCACUGCAGUGGCAGAGAAGCGCCCACCCAGCCCAGGGUGCGGUGCAGGGCAUCUAGGUACCCGCUCGCCGUGGACUGCCGCUGGACCCUGCCGCCCACUCCUCCCAGCUCCGCCAGGCCCACGUCCUUCAUUGCCACGUACAGGCACGGUGCGGCCGCCCACGGGGAGAGCCAGCCCUGCGUCCAGCCCACACCAGAGGCCACCAGCUGCACCAUCCCAGACAUCCAGAUGUUCUCCAUGGUGCCCUACGUGCUCAACGUCACGGCCAUCCACCCUGGGGGUGCCAGCAGCAGCUUUGUGUCCAUUGUCCCAGAGCAUAUCAUCAAGCCGGACCCUCCAGAAGGUGUGCACCUGAGCCGCCUCCCUGGGCAGCAGCUGUGGGUGCAAUGGGAACCCCCCCAGUCCUGGCCCUUCCCCGAGGUCUUCUCACUCAAGUACCGGAUCCGCUACAAGCGUCACGGAGCCGCCCGAUACCGCCAGGUGGGGCCCAUUGAAGCCACAUCUUUCACCCUUGGCGCUGUGAGGCCCAAAGCCAGGUACUGCAUCCAGGUGGCUGCUCAAGACCUCACCAACUACGGGGAAUCCAGCGACUGGAGUCUGCCUGCCACUACCUCGGUGACCCUGGGCUAGAUAGCUUCCCAGUCACCUAUGAGGUGGGUCCUUGGCCUCCACCAUCCUCUCCGUUGCCGUCGUCGUCGUCGUCAUCGUCAUCAGCCCCCCACCAAGGUGGACACGGUACCCAGCUGGCCUGGGUUUGCUGCAGCCGAGUUGCCUAGCGACCCCGGAAGAGUGACUUUGCCUCUCUGAGCCUCAGUUUCUCAGUCUGUGAAAUGGGGGUGUGUUUCCUCCUUUGGCCACAGUGUGGUGCUUUGGGAACUGUGGGUGUGAGGUGUUUUUUUUUUUUUUUUUAUCAUCAUUUGAUUAGAAAAGAUGAUUGCUGUUCCCAUUUUCCUCUUCCGGGACCGUGUCUAGAGGUAUUGGGAAUGGUGUGGCCUUUGCCAUCUUGGCCUAGGCGCCCACAAUGCAACCUCCUGCAGAAGAAGGCUGUCCCCAAGCCCUGGUGAGAAUUGCUUACCUUUCUAUAGGAAGGUAGGGAGAGCACUGGAAUCCGUAUGUGGUGUGUGCCCAGGCAAACUUCAAGGGGUUCCUCUGUGAGACCUGAAUUUCUUAAGAGGCAUCAAAGUGAAAGAACACGUCAUCUGGGCCUGUGGUGGCUCUAUGGGGCUAAAUGUGUCCAGGACAGGAUGAAGCGGGCUUUUCUUAAUAGAGGAGCAGAAAAUCAUUGUGAAAGUGUUGAGUGCACAAGCACAGAUUCAGAAAGUGAAAUAAAAAGCAAAGCUUUCUUAUAUAACCAAAAAAAAAAGCGAGACACACACAAAAGCAAAGGAUCAUUAUCACUGAAAUCAGGGCUUCUCCCUUCCAUCAAGAGACUCAGAUAAAACCCAAGAGUACUCUAAGGGAGAGCAGGGCAGGCCCCCCCACCCCCACUGCAGAGCGAGGUCCCACCCCCACAGAUGGGGUCAGGGCUGGACCAGAGGGAGAGGCCAGGGUUGAGGAGUCAGAAUGGGGUUGUUGGGGGGCCUGCCUGGGAUGGGACAGUGGAAUCCAUCCACUCCAGCAGUUUGGGUGACCCACCUUCCGAAGGCUUCCCCUAUGUGAGCACACACAACCCGAGUUUGUCUGGGAAAGGUUGCUCUGAGAAAGGGGCAAAGCAGCCAGGCCUGAAGGUCAGAGAAAAAUCUAUGUGAUUGCACUCAGGUCUCAGUUCAAAGGUCACUUCCUCUGUGAAGCCUUCCCUACCUCAUCUCUGGCAGGCAAAAUAAUGCUCCCCACCCCUGCCCCAAAGAUACCCACAACCUAAUUCCCAUAACCUAUGAAUAUGGUACGUUACAUGCAAAGAGGAUUUCGCAGGUAUGAUUAAGAAUCUUGAGGAUCCUUUAUUUAUUUAUUUAAAAAUAUUUAUUUAUUUAUGUAUAAAGAACUGGUUUAUAGGCCAGGA